CCACUACCGUCGUCGCCAGCCGCUGUCAUUUCUGAAGACAACCGUUAGUACCUACUUUCUGUUGGACAAGGCAUAGACUCUGAUACCCUCGUCCCAGGCCAGCCAGUUCUCGAGCAGACGUUCCUACUCCCCUCUAGCCUUCAACAGCUUCACGUCUAGGCUUCUCCUGCAUCCCAUCUCUUUCUCGCCCUAUACUCCCGCUUUAAACGUCUGAAAACUAUGGCUUCUGCAUUUGCGCAGCCUUUUCCUCUUGCGCAGCACACGCCGAAGACUCAGCAGCCCAUUUACGGGCCCGACCUCGCUGUCCGCCUUAUCUGUCCGGAUUGUAGGGACCCAAACCCGCACAUUGUUGAAGAGUUUGGGAGUGGAGACUUGGUGUGUGGCAACUGUGGCUUGGUGCUGGGAGACCGGGUCGUCGACACGCGCAGCGAGUGGAGGACGUUCGCUAAUGACGAAGGAGACGAUCCGUCUCGUGUCGGUGCGGCGUCAGACCCACUUCUCGAGGGCAUGGAGCAGCUCGACACCGUUAUCAGCUUCCGCGACGGUGGCUCGGGCAUAGCGCGCGAGCUGCAGCGUGCCGCGUCCCGCUCGCAGAGCUCGCGCUCCGAGCGCAACCUCCUCACUGCGUUCCGUGACAUUGGUGGCUGGUGCGACCAGUUCUCGCUCCCCAAAACGAUCAGCGACAUCGCCAAGCAGCUCUACAAGCGCUCCGACGAGGAAAAGCUCCUCCGCGGCAAGCCGCUCGAGGCCGUCAUCGCCGCGUGCAUCUUCAUAGCGUGCCGCCAGGCCCACGUGCCGCGGACGUUCCGCGAGAUCUGCAACCUCACCAAUGUCUCGAAGAAGACGCUCGGACAGUGCUACAAGGCGCUCGAGCAGGCGUUCAACCUCACCCCCGGCUCGGGGAGCGGCGGAGCGUCGAUCCAUCCGUCACCGUCGACGGGCCCGGAGAAUCUGCUCGUGCGGUACUGCAACCACCUCGACCUGCCCGCGAACGUGCAGUCGAUAUGCGGCGACAUCAUUGUCGCCGCGCGCAAGCACGGCAUUGCGGACGGACGCAGCCCCGUCUCGAUCGCGGGCGGGGCGAUCUACUUCACGUGUCAUCUACUUGGCAAGGCCAAGUCGGCGCGCGACAUCAGCAGCGUCGCGGGCGUCAGCGAGGGCACGAUCAAGCUUGUCUAUAGGCUAUAUUACACGGACAGGGAGAAGCUGGUGAAGCAGGAUUGGAUUGACGAUGGGCGCGCGGUCAUGAGCCGGCUGCCUGUCGAGACGGCUUCGAAGUAGGUACUAGUGAUGGUGGAAAUCGGUGAGUAUAGCGCGGUGGCGCGGUACGAUGGUGCCUUAGCACAUUCUGUCAUUUUACAACAAGGUCUAUGGGUAUAGUAUCCUUAUGUAGCACUAUGGUUUGCUAUGUAAUAUGGUCGUACAAGCAAUCGAUGAACCACUUGGAACAAUAACGUGCGAUGAUAGCAUUGCUACAGUAAGGCCGAGUACAACAACGUACGAGCAUGAGGGAGUGAAAACUAUCUCUUGCCGCCCCUCUUUUGUUUUGAGCCGCCCCUGGCCCCUUUUGCAGAGUCUCGUCCGAGAGCAACCCCACCCCUACCCUUGCUGGCACCGCGGAUGGCCUUGCGCACAUUGACGACGUUGUCCCCACCUCCUUUUUCUUUUCUGACCCGCUUGGUGUCCCCCUCAAUUCGGGCAAGAAUGGCUAGCGAUGCCUCUUUUUCUCGCCCAGCCGGGGUUUCAUUGGGCUCAAACUUGCGUUUAAUUCCACGCAGCUUCUUCUCGCCCUCAAGCUCCUUGUCGAAGCGGCCCAUGCUCGCGGUGCUCGCCCGCGUGCUGGCGAGCGUGCGCUCGAUACCGCGUUUCCGCUCUUCGCGAUCGGUCUGGGUGGUUUGCGAGCGGGCGGCAUUUUGCAGUUGCUGGCGCUCGUUUUUGGCGACGCGGGCCUUGCGCUUGUCGCGUGCGUCUUUGACGGGGUCGAAGUUCACGUCUGCAUGCAACAUAUCAUAGUGAGAAUCCGCACGAGGAAAAUGAUGAGAUGAUGAAUGGGGAGAGUCGAUGCGCAUACACUCAGUACGCGGGCCAUGGAUAGGUUUGAGGUAAACGAGACGGAGCUGAGAGAAUGAAACUCACCGGCAUUCGCAGGCACCUCGUGGAUCCACUGCUCCUCCUUGUCCUUGUUCUUCCCGUCCUUCCC